UUAUUCUCUGUUAUUAUUUCAGACCGAAAGUUAAACGACAGCGGCCGCCUCUUUAUAAUUUUAAAUUUGCAUAUAUUGGCCAGAAAAAUUGCGAAAAAGAUCUAAAAAUGCGUGUGAAUAAACUUGGCGGCGAUAUUACAUCAAAUAUAACCGAACAUACUGCUGCAGUUUUUUCAACAAUCGCGGAAGUAAAACGUAUGGGAAGUCGCAUGAAACGGGCGAAAGAGCUUGGAAUCCAUGUGAUACCUAUAGAUUACUUAGAUUUGGUUGGAGGUAGUUCUGCCAAUGUAAUUAAUUAUAUUAGCAGUACCACCCUUUGUGAUUGGGGUACUGAUCCCAACUCGCGUAUUUCACAAGGGGACGAUAAUCCUAAGAAGUCAAAAAGUAUUUAUACGAAAUCCGUCGCAAAGUCAAUGACUUUGAAAAUAAAAGACGGAUUGGCUGUUGAUCCAGAAAGUGGACUGCAAGACAUUGCCCAUGUUUAUUUGGAUAACAAGGACAAAUAUAAUAUCGUUCUCGGCUUAACAGAUAUUCAACGCAAUAAAAAUUCUUACUACAAACUCCAACUUUUGGAGAGCGACACAAGAAACAAAUACUGGAUAUUUCGAUCUUGGGGUCGAAUCGGCACUACCAUUGGAGACCACAAAUUGGAAAGUUUUACCAACUUAAUCGAAGCUAAACGAUCAUUUUUUCAUAUUUAUUUCGACAAAACUGGAAACGAGUUUGAUAACCGUCAACAUUUUGUUAAGGUUCCUGGCCGAAUGUUUCCAAUUGAAAUCGAUUAUGAGGACGAGAAGACAAUUGAUGACCCGGAAAAAUUAAAAAUUAAAUCAAAGCUGGAUACAUCCGUUCAAGAAUUAAUGAAGCUUUUAUUUGACAUUGACACUAUGAAAAGAACAAUGAUGCUAUUUGAUCUGGAUAUGGAAAAAAUGCCGUUAGGAAAACUAAGCCAAACACAAAUUCAAUCUGCAUACAAAGUGCUGACUGAAGUUUAUGAACUUAUACAGCAAAAUGAGAGUAAACCCAAGUUCAUUGAUGCCACUAAUCGAUUUUAUACUUUAAUACCACAUAAUUUUGGAGUUCAAGCUCCCCCACUUUUGGAUACUAUUGAACAAGUCGAAAACCAUCGCCAGGUCCUUGAUUCGCUUUUGGAAAUUGAAUGUGCUUAUAGCAUGUUGCAAGCUGAAAGCAAAGAAGAGGAUGUAAAUCCUUUAGACAAACAUUAUGAUCAACUUAAAGCUAAAAUUGAGCCCAUUGAUAAAAAUAGCGAAGAAUUUGAAAUCCUCGAAACAUAUGUCCGAAACACCCACGGUGAAACGCAUAGAAUGUAUAAGCUGGAAAUCGUUGACAUAUUUAAAGUAGCACGUCAGGGCGAGACCCGACGUUAUAAACCAUUUAAAAAGCUCAAAAACCGAAAGUUACUAUGGCACGGUUCUCGACUUACAAAUUUUGCUGGUAUUUUGUCACAUGGGUUGAAAAUUGCACCACCGGAAGCUCCUGUUACAGGCUACAUGUUUGGAAAAGGAAUAUACUUCGCAGAUAUGGUCUCAAAAUCUGCAAAUUAUUGUUGUACUACAUCUCAAGAUCCUACAGGUCUAAUGCUUUUAUCCGAGGUAGCACUUGGCGACAUGAUGGAAUACACCUCUGCAAACUACAUUACAAAAUUGCCAUCAAACAAACACAGCGUUUUAGGCCGUGGACGCACCAUGCCUAAUCCAAAAGAGUCAUACAAACGAAAGGAUGGUGUAGAGAUACCACUUGGCAAACCAAUUACAGAUGCGAAACUAAAUUCAACUCUUCUUUACAAUGAAUAUAUUGUCUAUGAUGUUGCUCAAGUUAAUAUCCAGUACCUCUUCCGUAUAAAUUUUAAAUACAAUAUCUAAACAGAAAA